CUGGGCGCUGGGGCUCUGAGCCCCCGCCGGCCCGAGCCUGCCGGUGCCAGGUGGGGGGGGGGCGCUCCCCCCGCCUCCGGAGGCCUGGGCCCCACGCGGCCCCACAAGCUGCCGUUGUCCCGUGGGCCCUGGGCCCGGCACACUGGGGCUUUGUCCAGUCCCCGCCGCGACCCGCGGGAGGGGCCCCCACAUGACCAAGGGGGUAGGAGGAGCCUGCGGCGGUGGCAGCGGCGGCGGCUCCCUCGUUUGCCUCCCUGGCCGGGGGUCGGCGGGCGGUGACGGCGGCGGGGCCGGGCUGGGCGCGGCUGUGGACGCCAGGCCCCCUGCUCCCCGCCCGGCAGCCGGCGCUGGGCCUGGGCCAUCGCGGCAGCUGUGACCCCAGCGCCUUCGCGGCUGCAGGCUGGGGGUGCGGCCGGGCCCCCGGCCCGGGGAUCAUGGGGAAUGGCAUGACUAAGGUACUUCCUGGACUCUACCUCGGAAACUUCAUCGAUGCCAAAGACCCGGACCAGCUGAGCCGAAAUAACAUCACACACAUCAUCUCCAUUCAUGAGUCACCCCAGCCUCUGAUGCAGGGCAUAACCUACCUUCGCAUCCCAGUAGCCGACAACCCUGAUGUACCCAUCAAAAAGCACUUCAAAGAAUGUAUCAACUUCAUCCACUGCUGCCGCCUCAACGGGGGGAACUGCCUUGUGCACUGCUUUGCAGGCAUCUCUCGAAGCACCACCGUCGUGACAGCUUACGUGAUGACUGUGACCGGCCUAGGCUGGCGGGAAGUGCUCGACGCCAUCAAGUCCACCCGGCCCAUUGCUAACCCCAACCCGGGCUUUAGGCAGCAGCUCGAAGAGUUUGGCUGGGGCAGUUCCCGGAAGGAACUAAUGGAAAAAAUAUCCUCGGCUUCGCAGGCAGCUGGAGGAGCGUUUCGGAGAGAGCCCGUUCCGCGACGAGGAGGAGAUGCGCUUGCUGCUGCCGCUGUGCAGGCGCUGCCGGCAGGGCUCCGCGACCUCGGCCGCCUGCCCCGCGCCGCAGGCCUCGGCCUCCGAGGGGGCCCUGCAGCGCCUGGUGCCGCGGCCGCCGCGGGAGGCGCGCGGGCCGCUGCCGCUGCUGGCGCGCGUCAAGCAGACUUUCUCCUGCCUCCCGCGCUGCCUGGCCCGCCGCGGCGGCAAGUGAGGGCCCCGGCCCUCUUCCUCCUGACCGGUCCCCAGAGGGGGUCCGCCUGGGCCUCCCGCGGCCUCCAGGAGGGCCCCGAGCCCGUGGGCGCCCCGCGGCGGCCCGGGCCCUGCUCCUGCCCCCUCUGCCUGCCCUGCCUGUCCGCGGUGGCGCGCCCUCCGCCGUCCCGGCUCCUCUGCGUCGGGCCUGCCUGCUGCAGCCACCUGGUGCCUUAGGCCUGGGGCUGGAGGCGGGGGCACGGGCCCCUGCUCUGAAAGGCGGAGGGAGAGGGCUUGGACGGCCCGUGGGGUAUUAAAGAGACACUGAAGCGGCU